GCCAUUCUGGGGUCUGGUUAGAGGUUUGUUUGGUCCUGAAACUGCGUCGAGCUUGGCAAGAGAAACCAGAGAAAAUCCCCCCCACUCGGUCCUUGGAAGACACAAAAAACCAGCCACCAUAUUUUUGACCGUCCUUGGGAAGCCGUUUAAAUUCUUUGUGACCUGAAGGAAACAGCCACUUAAACAUACAAAAAAACCAAACAAAUAAUAAUUAGAAACAACCUGCCCUGAUCUCUUUUUGUUUUUUGUUUUUUUUUUUAAAUCGAGCAACUUUUUUUUCGUUUCUUUAUCUCGACAAACAGCCACAAACCAAAAAAAGUUGCUGUAUUUUUUUUAAAGCCAUGACCAAAAACAAAAAAAAUAUUUUUUUUCUUUAAAAUACACAACUUAAUCCAAAACCAAACUUUGAAGCGCUGUCGACGAGAAAAAUAAUUGGAUAAACGUUCUGCCAUGGGCUCCGGACCAAUAGAUCCCAAGGAGCUUCUGAAAGGUUUGGAUUGCUUCCUUGGGAGAGAUGGCGAAGUCAGAAACACAGAGGGAAUCACCAAGAUUUUCAACUUAAUGAAAGAUGCACAGAAAAUGGUUAGUCGAUGCAUCUACUUGAACAUCUUGCUGCAAACCCGGGCUCAAGACAUACUGGCAAAGUUCAUCAGAGUUGGAGGUUACAAGCUGCUAAACACCUGGCUCACCAGCUCAAAGUCUUCAAACAAUGUACCCCUGUUGCAGCAGAUUCUACUUACCCUGCAGCAUCUGCCCCUUACUGUAGAUCAUCUGAAGCAGAACAACACGGCGAAACUGGUGAAGCAGCUUAGUAAAUCUGGUGAGGAUGAAGAGCUUCGCAGACUGGCUUCCAUUUUGGUCAGCGACUGGAUGGGUGUCAUCCGGUCCCAAAGUAGUGCACAACCAGCAGAGCGAGACAAGAAGAAGCGGAAGGAAGAGAGUAAAAGCAAAGCACCUGUCCAAGAGAAACCCCAGGAGGCCAAGGCAGAGGCCAAGGCAGAAGAGACUCCAGAGAAGAAGAGAGAGAAACCAAAAUCCCUGCGUACAACAGCACCCAGCCAUGCCAAAUUUCGUUCUACAGGCCUGGAAAUGGAAACUCCUUCACUGGCCCCUAUAAAGAAGAAUAAUGCUUCAGUAACAUCUGAUAAAUACAACCUGAAACCAAUGCCGAUUAAGAGACAGAGCUCAGCUCUUCCCUCUGGGGAUAACCCACCAGCAGAGAAGAAAUACAAGCCCCUAAACACUACUCCCAACACUACUAAGGAGAUCAAAGUCAAGAUCAUCCCCCCACAACCAAUGGAAGGUUUGGGCUUUCUGGAUGCCCUUAAUUCAGCCCCUAUCCCAGGGAUCAAGAUCAAAAAGAAAAAGAAGGUCUUGUCUCCUACAGCAGCUAAGCCAAGCCCAUUUGAAGGGAAGCCAGCCCCAGAAGCCAGUGCUGCUAAGCCAUCUUCACCAGAACCUGCCACAGCAUCAGAGCCAAUGGAGACAGAUCGGCCAGGCACACCUGUACCAGCAGUGGAAGUGCCAGAGCCCAUGGAUACCGCCUCCUCCGAUCAGAGCUCAGAUACGAAGCCAUCUGAAAGCUCUGUUGACGCUACACAGCUCACGAAGAAGGGCAAAAAGAGGAAGACCGUGAGCUGGCCUGAGGAGAGCAAAUUGCGGGAGUACUUCUACUUUGAACUGGACGAGACAGAGCGGGUCAAUGUGAACAAGAUCAAAGAUUUUGGCGAGGCAGCCAAGCGGGAGAUGCUGAUGGACCGCCACGCCUUCGAAACAGCACGGCGACUCAGCCAUGAUGCCAUGGAGGAGAAGGUGCCCUGGAUCUACCCAAAGCUCAUUGACCUGCCCAGUCCCUUGGUAGUUCCAGGCAGUGGCAGCCAGGAGAAGUUCACUCAGGCUGAGCGGGAGAAAGGCAUCUUGCAGGAAAUCUUCCUGUCCAAGGAGAGUGUUCCAGACAGUCCCCAUGAGCCUGAUCCAGAGUCCUAUGAACCUGUGCCACCCAAACUCAUCCCCCUGGAUGAGGAAUGCGCCAUGGACGAGGCUGCCUACCAGGAGGGACUCGACCCAGCUGUCGCCUCACAGUCUCCAGAUGCAGCCGGGGGCUCGAAACUGCCCCCAGUGCUGGCCAACCUGAUGGGUAGUAUGGGGGCAGGCAAGAGCCCUCAGGGCCCCAACCCCAACUCCUCCAUCAACGUGCAGGAAAUCCUCACAUCCAUCAUGGGUGGACCCAACAACCACAAGACAGAAGAAUUAAUGAAGCAGCCAGAUUACUCUGAUAAGAUCAAACACUUGCUUGGCAAUCUGCAGUCUCAGCCCCCAGGGCCCUCUGGAGUGCCCCAUGGUUUGCUAGGCCCAGGGCCUCUCACCAAUGGAUUCCCGCCUGGACCAAAGAACAUGCAGCAUUUCCCACCAGGGGGACCAGGACCCAUGCCUGGUCCUCAUGGUGGCCCAGGAGGUCCUAACAUGCCCCCAGGCCCUGGGAUGCCCGGUGGACCCAGGAUGAUGGGCCCUCCCCCUCCACAACGAGGCGACUUUUGGGAUGGCCCCGACGGCGGCAUUCGAGGAAGCCCUCAUGGGGGCAUGCGAGGGGGCGGCCCUGGCCCAGGACCUGGCCCAGGACCUUUUCAUCGUGGCCGGGGGCGAGGAGGAGAACCCCCCUUCCGGGGGCGAGGAGGAGGGGGACGUAGCAGCGGCCCCCCGAAUGGCAGAGGCGGACCCCCUAAUAACGGCAUGGGUGGAGGAGGCGGCCACGGCGGCGGCCACGGCGGAGGUCACGGGGGCCACGGCGGAGGUCACGGGGGUCAUGGUGGCCAUGGAGGGGGUCAUGGCGGCGGCCAUGGUGGAGGCCAUGGAGUUGGGGGUCACGGCGGCAGCCAUGGAGGAGAUCACGGCAGAGGUCACCCAGGGGAUCAUGGCCGGGGCCACGGAGGAGGCCAUGGAGGAGACAUGUCAAGCCGCCCCAUGUGUCGCCACUUCAUGUUGAAAGGCAGCUGCAGGUUCGCCAGCGGCAGGCCCGCCUUGAAGACAUUCGCCCGGGGAGCCUCGGCCCUGAGGAGCAGCCGGCCUCACCACUGCCAGCCCCGGCGCCCCCAGAAGUGAAAAAAAAAAAAAAUCCAAAAAACUAAAACAAAAACAAGCCCCUACCACGUGCCCCCAUCCUCUAGGGCACAUGUGUGUGGUCAGGGGCCCUCCCGCCAUCAAUGGGAGGAUGCUUCAAUCUGGUCAUUAAUGGGAUAUCAUGGGGGCGCCAAUCCUCCCAUGUGGAGGAUCCCUUAACCACCAACCCCUGGCUAACUAAAGAUCUGCUGAGUGAGGGCUUCUAUUGGUUUACACCUGCUCCGCACCCAUGGGCUCCCCUCACCCCACUGCUGGUUCCAUAUGUGUGUGAAUGAGUGAGAUCGGAGCGCUCCCUUUCCUUGCUGUAAAUACACCCCCUGUAUACCUCCCAUAUUGCCAGCAGCCGUGGAGACACAAUUUCCCUUGGUGCUAGCGAAUCGUUCCGGCUGGGGGGAAUUCAAAGCUGUUUUCUGCGAAAACUGAUAAACUUUAUUAUUGUUGGGGCCUGGGGGAUUUUGUUUCAUUUCCAUUAUUUUUUUACGGUCUCUCUUGCUGAGACAUGGACUAUCCUAACCCCCAUUCCCUUUGGGUGCAGCUGCCCCCUAAAGGGGAACCAACCUCUUUUGUUUUGUAUAUUUUGUACAUUAGUAAUAAACAUUGUGGAAAAAAUGCAUCUAAUUUAA